AAUUAUUACAUAUAAUAGAGAAUUGAUUAUUUUAGGAGUUACUUGUGUCCAUCAAAUUCCUUAUUGGUUUAGCUCCCUUGUUUGAGAAAUACUUGACAAUAUUUCAAGAUGAAGGACCACUUGUUCAUAUUUUAUUUUAUAAAAUGAAAAAUCUUUUAAUAUCUUUAAUGAAACGUUUCCUUCAACCGACUGCUGUUAAUGGAAAGCUUACUAAAGAUCUUUUAAAAAUUGAUUCUUCUGAUUCAACUAUCCACCUUGAUUUGAAUAAAAUGGACUUUGGCGAGGAAGCUAAAAACCAGGUGAACAAAAUAUCAUGUGAAAAAAAAAGAUUUGUCUUCUUACAGCAAAUGAGAGAUGGAUAUAUAUCUGUUGUAAAACACUUGCAAAAAAAACUUCCACUUGAUUUGCAGAUAUUAAAAGAUAUAACUUGUUUGGGUGCUCAAAUGAGAUCAGAACCUUGGACUGUUAAUGCAAUUGGGCGAAUAGCAGUUAGGAUGCCACAUGUAAUUACGGAAAGGGAGGUAUCAUUUGUGAAAAAUGAAUGGAAAUUAUACCAAGCAGCUAAUAUAUCAAAAGACUGGUAUAUAGAUUUUGAUACAAAAAUUCUAAAAAGAGUAGACCAUUAUUGGACUAAAGUUUUUGAAAGUAACAAUGAAUAUGGAAAAACAAAGUAUGGGUAUCUCAGUAAAGUUGUUAAGAGCUGUUUAACAAUUUAGAAUGGAAAUGCCAGUGCUGAGCGAAGUUUAUCUGAUAACAAAAAUACAUUAACUCCUGAGAGAGUAAAUCUAAAUGAUGAAACAUUAAUGGCUUUGAGAAUAUCAAAAGAAUAUGCAAGAAGUUGAAGAGUAGCAUAUAAUGUUGAUGCACUCUCCAAAGACUUUGUUCAAGCUGUUCAAAAUGCUCAUAAAAUAUAUAAAAAAAGAAAAGCUGAAGAAGACGAAGAAAAAAGAAAAAAUUAUAUUCAUGAGCAAGAACUAAUGAAUAAAGAAAAAGAGCAGAAA